AAAACGGAAAUUAUUUGGUGUGACAAUGGAGAUGGAACGGCAAUGGUUGAAUACACACCUCAUGUUCAGGGUCGUUACAAAAUCAACAUCAUCGAACAUGACACAAAUUCCCAUAUAAAAGAUUCACCUUUUGUUCUUUGGAUUGAACCAGCAAAUUUACUACCUUUCAAAAACAUUGCUCGGCCAAUUCGAAUACCUUCAUUUGAAACCAACGAAGGACAAGUUGACAACCAAUUCAAUUUUAAAAUUCCAAAAGAAAUUGACGCCGAAACAUUCUACGUUGAAAUCUACGACCCAAAUUUACAAAAAGUCGAUUUUGAUUGUGAAAAUAAACUUGAAGGAAAUUUUUACAGUUUUAUACCGCAAAAGGAAGGAAAGCACUUGAUUAGUGUUGUCGCUGAUAAAUUAGCUGUUGAAGGAUGGCCUUUUGUUAUCUUUGUUGAUGGCCCUUUUGACCCAAAUAAAAUUUGGCUUAGUGGUCCAGCAUUGAGUCCAACCAUUCAAACACGUCAAAAAACAAAUUUUUCAAUUGAUGUUCACAAUAUUCCAAAACCAAAGUAUGUCCAAGUUGUUGUGGUUGGACCUGAAGGGGAACAAGUUCCUGUAGAGGUUGACUUGAAAACUUUGUCUGUCUACAACGCUCGCUAUGAACCAAUGAUUCCUGGAGUCCAUAAAAUUUAUUUGACUGUGAAUGACCAGCAAAUAUUCGAAAUUCCUGUGAAUGCAGUUGAAUAUGACACAGAAGAAAUAUUGAAAGAAGAGAAUGUUGGAGCUAGAGUUGCAAGUGAAAUACCUCAGCCAGUUAUUGGACUUUCUACAGCUAUUGUUUUUACUGCUCCAUGUCAACACAUCUCUGAUUUAUCUGUUCAUGUACACGGGCCAAGCGGCGACUUGAAACAUGAUGUAAAGAUGGAGCAACUUGAAAAAGAAAAAUUCCGCGUUAGCUUUGUUCCGCAUCAGAGCGGUCUGCACACAAUUGAAUUGAGAAAUCAAAACGGAGAAAUUUAUGAUUUUGAUUUCGAUGUCAUUACUUUAAAUGGAGAGGAAGACUGCGUUCCCGUGAGUGAAGAUGAAGAAUAUGAAAGUAUUUCAAUUGAACAACAACCUUCAUUAACCUUCACUCUUUCACCAUUUAAAGCUUUAAAGAAGACCACUAAAUUAUCACUAAAAGAAGAAAAUAAAAUUAUUGAAAAACUCAAAAAAAGAACAUGUUUAUUAACGGAACAAAUUUCUGAACUGCAAAAACACCAAAAUGAAAUUGAAAAUUCAAAAAAUAAAAGACAAAAAGAGGUAAAUAUUUUUUGUUCUAACCGUGAUUUUGUUUUUAAGAUGAAAAUGAAUAGGAAGGUUGUUCAUGUAAAUGGAAUUCUUCAAAGUUUGGCAGCUGCCCUGUACUCCGUUGCUUUACUCUCAAAUUCUCAGACAUCACAAGACCAGAAUGAACAGGAUCAGCAAUUCCAAGGGACUGUUAAUGAUUUAACUCCUCCAUUACCUUCAAAAAGAGCAAAAUUAAAUAAUAAUAAUCGUGAAACAACAAAUGAAAGGAAAAAAGUAAAUAAAAGGACUGCAAUAAAAAAAACUGAAGGAAAUAAGUUAGAGAGGGAAGUUGAUCCUUUGAAUGAUUUUCUUGAUAAUAUCUCUGUUAUGGAAGCGGCUGUCUCUACUCAGGCAGCAGAAGCAUUAGCUAUAAGAGAAGAAAAGGAGGAAUUGAAAAUGCCCCAAAAGGAAUUGUUGGCGAAUGUACAAACACAGAUGGAUGAAAUGAAUGGAAUGAAUGAAAUGGGAAUGAUGAGAUAUACAAAUGAAGAGAAAAUGAAUGAAAAUAAUAUUUCUGUUGAGGAUAUAAAUGCUACCUCCAAAAACCGCCCGCCGAAAAGGUUAAUUUGUUGCUGUAAUUCCAAUGAAGUGGAAGGCUUAAACGUUGAUGAACUUCCAGAAGGAUGCAAAAAACGCGCAAAAUUGCUUUUAGAAAAUGGAGAACAACAAUGUGAUAAAGACCAAAACAAAUCAUUGACGCCGCCUUCACCAAAAAUAAACAAAGAAGAUAAAGAAAAGAAGAAAAAGAGGGAAAUGAUAUUGUAUCUGGAAGAAGAUGAAGUGGUUCAAGUAAUGAAAAUGAAAGAGUUGUUGGCACUCAUGACUUCAAAAAAGGAUUGA